AUGGAGCCAUCCAAAAAACCGGACGAAACCUUUUAUGGUAUCGGCUCCCAAGGCACGCCUCAGGAAAGCGCUACUACUAUCAUCGACAAUUCCUUCAUUGAGCAUCCCUUGGACGAGAAAACUAUGCCAGAUUCGGACAGCGAAGUGAAGAAGUCCCAAGCUGACUGGGUGCAUGCCCCCAAGGUGCAACGCUUGCGUGAGCGAGAAAUCGAAGCUGGGCUGAAGAAUCGCGCCCUAGGAGUCACCUGGCAGGAUCUGAGUGUCGAGGUUCCUGCAGCUGAUUCGGCCAUCAACCACAAUGCUUUUUCUCAAUUCGACUUUAUGCACCACGUGCGAGCCCUCCGCCACAAGCCCCCUCAGAAAAAUAUUAUUGUCAACAGCCACGGAUGCGUCAAACCUGGUGAAAUGCUGUUAGUUCUGGGACGCCCCGGAUCCGGUUGCACAACGUUGUUGAAACUUCUCGCCAACCGCCGCGGGGGCUACACUGUCAAUGGAGAUGUGCACUUCGGCACAAUGGAUCACAAAGAAGCCGAACCAUACCGAGGCCAAAUUGUGAUGAAUACCGAGGAGGAGAUUUUCUUUCCCACUUUGACAGUCGGUGACACCAUGGACUUCGCAACCAAGAACAAGGUUUCGUUCAACCGGCCUUCGGAUCUACCUACCGCCAAAGAUUACCGAUUGGAUAUGAAAGAUUUCCUCCUUGAGUCUCUGGGUAUCUCUCACACAGCCAACACGAAAGUCGGGAAUGAGUAUGUGCGGGGUGUAUCCGGUGGAGAAAGAAAGCGUGUCUCCAUUCUUGAGUGUAUGGCAGCCCGCGGUUCAGUCGCCUGCUGGGACAACAGCACUCGUGGCUUGGAUGCAAGCUCAGCACUCGACUGGGCAAAGUGCCUCCGUUCAUUAACCGACACCCUUGGUCUGGCAACCAUCGUUACCCUCUACCAAGCGGGAAAUGGUAUCUAUGAUCUAUUCGACAAGGUCUUGGUGUUGGACGAGGGCGAGCAAAUCUACUAUGGCCCUAUGACUGAGGCCCGACCUUUCUUUGAAAGCAUUGGAUUUGUGUGCCGUGAAGGUGCAAACGUGGGAGACUACCUCACUGGUGUCACGGUACCCACAGAACGUGAGAUUAAACCUGGUCAUGAAGACUCCUUCCCUCGAUCCGCCUGUGAAAUUCGUAAUCUAUACGAAUCAUCACCCAUUUUCCAGCAAAUGAUCCAAGAGGAGGAAGAAUAUCCAACCACAACUGCCACUAAGGAAUGCACGGAAGCUUUUCAAGAAACCAUUGCCCUCGAGAAGCACAAAUCCCUCGGCAACGGUAGCGUUUUCACCGUUAGUCUAUACCAGCAAGUCCUGGCCUGUAUUGUUCGGCAAUAUCAGAUCAUCUGGAACGACAAAGCCACCUUUGCGAUUCAGCAGAUAUCAUCCCUUAUCCAAGCCCUCGUUGCCGGAUCCUUAUUUUAUAACGCCCCAGAGACCAGCGCAGGACUGUUCCUCAAGGGCGGAUCUAUAUUCUUUGCCGUCCUCUACAACGGAAUUUUGAUUCCCAUGUCUGAAGUUGUUGAUUCUUUCACCGGUCGCCCCGUUCUUAUCAAGCAUAAACACUUCGCGUUUUUCCACCCUGCCACAUUCUGCUUCGCCCAGAUUGUCAUCGAUAUCCCCAUUAUUCUGUUCCAGGUCUCCAUCUUUUCGUUGAUCCUAUACUUCAUGACAGGACUUACCAUGAAUGCCGCCAACUUUUUUACCUACUGGAUUGUUCUAUUCGCCUCUUCUAUGUGCCUGACCCAAAUGUUCCGCGGAAUUGGAGCGCUUUUCUCAUCCUUCGAUGGUGCUUCUAAAAUUUCAGGCUUCCUCACCACAGUGCUAUGCGUUUACGCGGGUUAUAUGAUCUCGAGGCCCGAGAUGCACAUGUGGUUUGGCUGGAUCUUCUACGUCAACCCUAUGGCUUAUGCCGUUGAGGCCCUUGUUGCCAAUGAGUUUCAUGGCAAGACUAUCGACUGUAUUGGCACCAGUCUGAUCCCGAAUGGGCCGGGGUACAAUGACUCCAGCUAUCAGGCAUGCUCAGGUAUUCCGGGCGCCUUAACCGGUGCCUCUUCUGUCACAGGCGACCUAUACCUUUCUGCUCUCGCCUACUCCCACGAUCACAUUUGGCGCAACUUUGGUAUUCUCUGGGCCUUCUGGGCGUUCAAUGUCUUUAUCACUGUGGGCUCUACUAUGCUAUGGAGCGAUAGCUCGGAAUCUGGAUCCUCGAUGCUUAUCCCUUACGAAAAGCGACACCACCACGCUCGAGCAUCGGAUGAAGAAGCGCAGGCCGGCCCCCAGGGAGCCAUCAAAUCCGACAAAGAUGAAAACCCUAGAAGUUUACAGCGGAACUCCUCAAUCUUUACCUGGAAAAACCUUACUUACACGGUCAAUACACCUACGGGAGACCGAGUUCUUUUGGAUAAUGUUUAUGGUUUUGUUCAACCUGGAUCCCUAACCGCACUGAUGGGAUCUAGCGGAGCCGGAAAAACCACCUUGCUGGAUGUGCUUGCUCAGCGCAAGACUGAGGGUACAAUCAAAGGAUCUAUUUUGGUUGACGGCCGCCCCCUUCCUGUCUCAUUCCAGCGAUCUUCUGGAUACUGUGAACAACUUGAUGUCCAUGAGCCGUAUGCCACGGUUAGGGAAGCUCUCGAAUUUUCUGCUCUACUCAGACAACCAAAAGAGCUCUCACAGGAAGAAAAGCUGGCUUACGUUGACACCAUCAUCGACCUGCUCGAGCUUCAUGAUAUUUCAGAUACUCUGAUUGGUUCAGUUGGUGCCGGACUAAGCAUUGAGCAACGGAAACGAGUGACUAUUGGAGUCGAGCUGGUUUCGAAGCCUAAAAUUCUGAUUUUCCUUGACGAACCGACGUCUGGUCUAGACGGUCAAUCUGCAUUCAAUACUGUCCGAUUCUUGCGAAGACUUGCCGAUCAUGGUCAAGCGGUUUUGGUCACGAUUCACCAGCCCUCUGCGCAACUUUUCUCACAAUUCGAUAAUCUUUUGUUGCUGGCUAAGGGUGGAAAGAUGGUAUAUUUCGGCGAGAUUGGCCAAGAUGGUCGCUGCAUCAAGGAUUAUUUCAGAAAUCUCGGAGCACCAUGUCCCGCUGGGGUCAACCCAGCAGAAUUCAUGAUCGAUGUUGUCUCCGGCCAUCUUCUCCCUGGGGUCGAAUGGCACCAGAAGUGGCUAGAAUCAUCUCAGCAUGCAGAUAUGGGUGGUUAUCUAGAUAAUCUUAUUUCCGAUGCGGCUGCCAAGCCUCCUGGGUUUGACGAUGAUAAUGCUGAAUUCGCGACCAGCCUAUGGACUCAAACAAGACUGGUUACCAAGAGAAUGAGCAUAUCCUUAUACAGAAACACCCCCUACACGAACAACAAAUUUGUCUUGCAUAUCAUUUUGGGUCUUUUCAACGGUUUCACUUUCUGGAAGAUUGGACAUUCUAUCGGUGAUUUACAGCUACGGCUUUUCACAGUCUUCAACAUUCUUUUUAUUUCGCCUGGUGUUAUCGCUCAACUCCAACCGCUUUUCAUUGCACGUCGCGAAAUUUAUGAUGCUCGUGAGAAAAAGAGCCGCAUUUACUCAUGGAAGGCAUUCGUUACCGGGCUUAUCGUUUCAGAAUUCCCCUACCUCUGCGUCUGCGCCGUCCUUUACUUCGUUUGCUUUUACUACACAGUGGGAUUCCCCAAGUCCUCAAUGCGCUCUGGAGCGAUCUUUUUCGUUAUCUGGCUGUACGAAUUUAUCUAUACUGGAAUGGGUCAGGCAAUUGCUGCCUACGCGCCAAAUGCGACCUUUGCUGCUUUGGCGAAUCCUUUGAUCCUUGGUACUAUCGUUGCUUGCUGUGGUAUACUCGUUCCUUAUAGUCAAAUCACGGUUUUCUGGCGGUACUGGCUUUACUAUCUCAACCCGUUCACCUACGUCAGUGGCUCUCUCCUUGUUUUCAGUACUUGGGGUGUGGAUGUCAAAUGCAAGGAGACCGAAUUCGCCAUUUUCAAUCCUCCCAGUGGUGAAACCUGUGAAUCUUACCUCAGCUCUUACCUGCAAGGGGAGGGGUCUCGUGCCAACCUUGUCAAUCCCGCCGCCACAUCGGACUGUCGAGUCUGUGAGUAUACCACUGGAAAUGACUACCUGCACACCUUGAACUUGUCUCAUUACUAUGACGGCUGGCGUGAUGCGGGAAUUUGUGUGAUCUUUCUCCUCAGCUCUUACGGCAUGGUCUACAUGAUGAUGAAGCUCAAGACGAAGGCCUCCAAGAAGGCAGAAUAG